CGCGGCGCCGUAGGCUGGUGGCCUCACCCGUGCGCCGGACGGCGGCAGCGUACUCUGGGGCAAGGGAGAUGUCGCUGCUGCGGUCGUUGAGUCUCCACUUGGUCGCGCGGGCCGGGAGCUGUUCGGCGGGACCCCUUCGGCUUCAGUCGCUUCAGCCGUGGCACACAUUUCACACUGGGCCCUGGCUCUCUUCUGCGGCCUCCAGCAAGGAGCUUCUCAUGAAGCUGCGGCGAAAAACAGGCUACUCCUUUGUAAACUGCAAGAAAGCUCUGGAGACUUGUGGCGGGGAUCUCAAACAGGCAGAGAGCUGGCUCCACAAACAGGCCCAGAAGGAAGGCUGGAGCAGAGCUGCCAAACUCCAUGGCAGGAAGACCAAAGAAGGUCUGAUUGGGCUACUUCAGGAGGGAAACACAACUGUGUUAGUAGAGGUAAACUGUGAGACAGAUUUUGUUUCCAGAAAUUUGAAAUUUCAACAGUUGGUCCAGCAAGUUGCCCUGGGAACCCUGUUGCAUUGUCAGAACCUAAAGGAUCAACUUUCCACGUACAGUAAAUGCGAGCACGCAAGCAGGGGAAGCAGCCGUCAGAGGAGGAGGGAGAAGCAGGCGCCCCUUGGAGCAGGGAGCCUGGGCUUCCUGAAUUCCUCUGAGCUUUCUGAACUUCCAGCUGGGCCUGAGAGAGAAGGUUGUCUCAAGGAUCAGCUAGCCUUAGCAAUUGGCAGGGAUGGCUUUUGACUUCUUCCAGUUGACCACCUCUCUAUACGCUGUGGGAGAUACACUACAUCAGAAGUCAUCUCACCUUCUUUAUAAAGGGAUCCAGGAAUAUUUGGGGGCAUCAUGUAGGAAUUUGAGCUCUUUUUAAGAAAAAUCUGAUCCUGAAUUUGUGAAGGUUUAUUCCUUCAGAACCACUGGGCACAGGAACCAUAGCUGGAUCAUUGUGCCGGAACUAGUGGGAAUUUUGCUUUCUUCCUGCGUGUCCUUGAUGGAAGGAGGGAAGUAGGGCUGGGUUGGAGCUUGCUGGGAAUUUACUGUUCAUCCAUCGUUUCCAGUCAAGGCAUCAAUUCUGUUUUUAUCAGGUUAUCUUGAAAUAUGUAUGAUGUUUUAGUGAGUCAUGGCUGAGAAGCCAGGCAGACAGCUGCGAAUGGGACUUAUUAAGAAAUUCUGGAAGAACUGGGUGUUUCAGCCUUGUCAAUUUCUGAGAAUUAACUACUGUUCAAAUGCUUUGAAUUGUUUUAAGAUAUCUUUUGAUUUCUCCCCUUAUUAAGACUUUUAGAUAUAAUUAUGGCUAAUGCAGGGAUAUUUACCUAGACCUUUUGGGGUCUCCUAACCUCUUUCCUACUCUUUGGCUUAUUUGGACUUAUGUUAGAGAGAAUAGCAUCCUGAGGAGACAGGGAAACCUGGAAUUAUAUUUGAUUCUUAAAAAUAAUGCUGGGGGCAACUGGGUGGCUCAGUAGGUUAAGUUCCUUCCACUCAGGUCAUGAUUCCAGGAUGCUGGGGUUGAGCCCUACAUCGGGCUCCCUGCUCAGUGGGGAGCCUACUUCUCCCUCUGCCCCUUCCCCUGCUCUUGUUCCCUCUCCCUCUCAAAUAAAUAAAAUCUUAAAAAAAAAAAAUUUAUUUUUGCUGAGAGGAAGUUGAAACUACCUGAUGGUAUGGGGUUUGGGUUUUCUGGGGCUUUUAGUUGUGGACUUUUUCCUGCUAUCAUGGAUGACGAAGAGUUGUGUCAGUUAUGGUGAUUUUCGGGAGGGAUGGUAAUUUCAGGGGAAGAAAACACCUAAUUGCUUUGGAGUGAGAUGCAGGCUUUGCUUCCAGCUCUGGCAUGUAGUAGCUGUGUAAGCUUGGGCGGUAGCUCGAGCUUUCUAAGCCUACAUCAAACAUAGUAAUGAUAGCCAGCAUUUGUGUGCCCUCUGUGCUAGAUCAUGUAAUUAAGCGCAUUUACAUAUGUUACUUUAUUUAUGUCUCCUAAGAACCCUGCUUUCAGAUUAUUUUAAGUGAUGUCAUCUCCAUGUUGUGGAAGAGGAAACAUUUAUGAUAAAUUCAUAAAUGGGGUUAUGUCACUUGCAUAAGGUUACAUAGCUGGUAAGGGGCGGAACUGAGACCCGAGUUCAAGGUCUGUGGGACACCAUAGCCUAUGUUUGUAAGUACCAGUAUGGCACGUUGUUGGUGUUCCAUAAGGGUGUUCUUUAUUUCUCCCACCCCUGCCCACUCCUCCCACAUACCUUUUCUUAAAUGGCAAAUGGUAUCUCUCCAUAUUCAUAGUGUAAAUGUGGGGAGAGAGGACUGUCUCCCAAACUCGGCCACUUCUAUGCAUAUUUUGGUAACUGCCAUGGGUGUCAUGUUCUAGAAGCGUGUUACUUGU